CAAGACUGUAUACAAAAUCAAUAAUAUGUGAUUUGAAGAACCUCGCGAAAAUAAUAGGGGUUGAUGCAUUUAGGAGGAAGAUGUAGGGGUUUGGAGCUAGGCGAGAGCUGUCUGAACAAUUUCUUCUCAGUAAUGGUACUUUUAUCGGGUUUCACACUGCUGGCAGUCAGGUCUGGUCGUCGUAGUAAUAUAUUGAAAGAAUUUCAUUAACUGAUCGAGAAGCAUUGUGUGGAUUCGAACGCCCAUGCUUGUCAGAUGGACUACCUAAGCCACUUUGUCCACAGAGGAAAAGUUCGGAACGGGGAUGCUUGGUUGUAAACUUUUUUUCAAGAAACCAACUUUUCGAAAAUGUCCGUUCCAUUCUAUUUUGCACCAGAUCAGAAUUUCCAGAGUUUGCGCGGACGGAAGACUGGGUUCGGUGAACCUGCCUCACUUUCAUGUGCCUUUCAAUAACCUUUGGCGGGAAGAUCGAAAACAAAGAUGGCGUACACUUGGCUGCAUUGGUCUACUCUUACACCUACUCUUUCUACUCCUUCGACACCUUUAAUAACAAUUCAAACCCCAGGAAGAACUGCUAGUCAACCAAAUGUUCGCACUAAGACGAUCCAGAAAGAAGAAGCGAUGAUUCCUGCUGAGAACACUGAAACGAGGAGUGAACAAAGGAAAAGACGGAAUGCAAGAAGGAGGGAAGCGAGACGCGAGAAGAAGCAAAAAGCGAUUGAAGACAAAGUUCAUGAAAUGGCUUCGAAAGCGGAACCAACUAUGCAGGAACUUGAUGAUGCUAGGAAGCGAAAGCUAGCAAAGAGAGUAAUAAGGAAGCAGAAUAUUACUAGCAGAAGAGCGGCGAAACAACAAAGGCAGUUAAUGGCAGUUGAGAACAAAAUCAAUGAAGAGGUGUCAAAGACGCAAGCUGAUAUGCAGGAACUUGUUGAAGCUGAAAAGAAAAACGCAGAAAGGUAUCUCUCUCUGGCGAGGAAAUACUACGGAAUGUGGAAGCUGUUAAAUGAACAACAAAACAGCACUGCGAAGUUACGAGGAGAAGGCUACAAAUGCAAUGUUGCUGAAUUUAAAGAAGAGAAGUUCGCAUUUCCUAUAUCAGUGACAUCAGUGACAAUGAAUGAAAGAUUUUCUGACAGCGCAACCUCAAGCACAUUUAAAAUUGUUGGAGAAACAUUAAACAUCAGUAGCAGCGUAUAAAAAUGAAAACAGUUGGAUUUGUUACACGUCCAAGCAAAGGAGAGGAGGGGACUGGAAUAAUUAAUUAAUUGACACCAUGCACCAGUUUAAUAACAGUCAACACAUUUUGUUGAUUGAAAGUUUCAGUUUGGAGUUGAAAGUACUAAUUCCCCUUACUAAUACAAGCUAGCAUUUUAUAAAAAAUAAUGUCAGUUAUAAGAAUUUGGUGGUAAUAUUGUUUUGUUAAGUAAUUUAUCCAUUAUCACGUCUGCCGAUAUUUUAAAGACAUUAUGAGGACUUGAUUGUUUUGGUGACAAAGAGCUGAAGGAUACAUUACAGAAUAUUACAUGAUCAAGCAAGUAAAAUAGCAAAAAAACAAAAAACAUUUUACAGUAAAACAGCACAAUGUUAGUGUCCUUUCAAAAGUCCCACAUAUCAUUUUGUUAUGUGUUGUUUUUGAAUAUCUUCAAAUAGUGCACUUCUAGUCAUUACAACCAUACUUGCCAGUUGUAUUAUCCACUUAUUAGCACCAAGUGGCAGCCCUACACUGAAAACCAACAAAGAAAUAUGCUUUCUUCACAUCCUUGUUCUAAAAUCAAGACAGAAUCUUGCUCAGCUUGCAAAGAAAGUUAUAUCCAAUAACCUGGGGCUAGUGGAAAGUGGAUUCUGUUCUUCCCUUGCCCGAUGAAUCAAGUGAAGGUUUUUGGAGUAACAUUUGGCAAAAUUCAAAUUACAAAGGUAUUUUAAGAGUUCAAAUUAUUUUAUUAAUUUAAUUUUUAUUCUAUCUAUCAUGUCAUGUAUCUGAGAAGCAGUAUGCAGGUCUUUAAAUGCUCACCUCUUACUGAUUUACGGUAGUAGGGUUGUCCUGGGGAAUAUUGGCCUGACGUCGUGGCAGUACAGACCAAGCUGAAUGAGGUACACACAAAAGGAGUGAUGGCCAAUAUUUUCCAGUACAGCUUGAGCAGGCUACCUAAGGAAGUAGUUUAUUAUAUGGCACACAGUUUUAGAUGCAAAUUUAGAUUUGCCAGCUUUCAGAAACAAAAAAAAUACAUGGUUUAUGACCAUUUUCAUGAUCCCAUUUCGUAUGGAAAAAUCCAGACCAAGAAAGAACCAUCAGAAUGCUUGGAUUUAGCUCAAGACUCCCUUGCCAUAUAGUAAAUGUAGUUAUUUAUAAAGAACAGAUAAAGUGAAAAACAACUGAAUAAUAUUGGAGAGAAAUCUGUGCUGGUGAUUCAGUGUCCAUUGUGGGAGAGAUUUUAACCAACCUUUUUAAAUUCAAAUUUGAGAUAACAUUAAUCCAUUUAAAAAUUACUGUACAUAUUUUAUUCCUAGAUUUAUUCAUAAUAGCUUUUGAUAUUUAUAGCUCCUUUUUAGUACGAAAGCCUACUUUUUAAAGUUGUACAUUCAAGAAUUAUAUUAAAAAUGAAAAAAAUGAUGUCAGUGUCACUGAUUAUGAUGUCAUUGUUUUUCCUUCCACAUCAUUGUAGAAAGGUAAAGUCUGCAUACGAGCCUAGUGGCCCAUAAAGCCGCUUAUCUUCAGUUUGAAACAACUAGGAGUCUGAUGGGAUGCAAGUCCAUCACAGAGUUUCUCCCCCACCCCCAGCAGUAUACUUGCCAGUACCAGUUUAUACACCUGGGUGGAGAGAGGCAUUGUGAAAGUAAAGUGUCUUGACCAAGAACACAACACAAUGUCCC